GCAAACGCGCUGUUGUCUGUCAUGGCGACGCGUUUAGGAGCUCUGCGUUUAAACGUGCUGUUAAGCAGCCGUAGUUUGUUCAAAUUCGCCUCGUCUGUGGGCGUCCGGCCGCUGUCUGAAAAUGUGUCCUCUAAACCCGUCACGUCCAAGUCCUCAGACUCCACAAGUGACCAUUUAAUCUACACACAAGAGCACUUUGCGCUAAAGGAGGCCCUCAGCAAGCUCAUCGACCAGGAAAUUAACCCUUACGUUGAUCAGUGGGAAGCAGAGGGGACAUUUCCAGCCCACAAAAUCUUCAAGAUCUUGGGGAAUGCUGGCUUUCUUGGAGUCAACAAACCAGUUGAAUAUGGAGGUUUGGGACUUGACUUUAGCUACAGUGUUGCUGUGGCUGAAGAGCUGGGCAACAUCCACUGUGGAGGCAUCCCCAUGGCCAUCGGUGUCCAGUCUGACAUGGCCACUCCAGCACUGGCCAGGUUUGGUUCAGAUGAGCUCAAGAAAGAGUUCCUGGUUCCUUCCAUUAUGGGGGACAAAGUUGCGUGUCUCGGGGUUAGUGAAGUUGGAGCUGGCUCUGACGUCUCAAGCAUCGUGACCAAGGCGGUGAGGAAAGGGGAUGAAUAUGUGAUAAAUGGAGGAAAGAUGUGGACCACCAGUGGUACCCAGGCUGACUGGAUGUGCCUCCUCGCCAACACCAGUGAUGGACCCCCCCACAGGAACAAAUCACUUAUCUGCUUACCCAUGAACCUGCCAGGAGUUCACAUUGCUCGAAAGAUUGAGAAAAUGGGGAUGUGGUCAUCGGACACGGCUCAAGUGUUUUUUGACGACGUCCGUGUGCCGUGCACGAACAUCAUUGGCGAGGAAGGCAUGGGCUUCACCUAUCAGAUGCUUCAGUUCCAGGAAGAACGGCUCUGGGCCGUGGCCAAUAUCAUCACCACAAUGGACAGCAUCAUUCAGGAGACAAUCCAAUACACACGGCAGAGGAAGAUCUUCAAGCAGCCUGUUCUUUAUCACCAGACGGUUCACUUCAGGUUGGCUGAGCUUCAGACGGAGGUCGAGCUGCUCCGCUCCCUCCUCUACCGCGCUACAGCCAUGUACAUUAAAGGCAACGAUGUCACCAAGCUGGCCUCUAUGGCCAAACUAAAGGCGGGGCGUUUGGCGAGAGAGCUGAGCGACAGCUGUCUGCAGUUCUGGGGAGGAAUGGGCUACACCAGUGAUGUUCCAGUCAGCAGAUUUUACAGGGACUCCAGGUUAAUGUCGAUCGGUGCUGGAGCUGAUGAGGUGAUGCUCGGGAUCAUCUGUAAAUACAUGGACACGAUACCAAGGAAGUGAUGUCAUCAACAGCUCUCCUGAACUGAUUUCAUAACCGUCCUGCCAGUGCCAGAACAUACAACAAUCACAGAAGUGCAAUUCUUAUACAUUAACACUUUGACCUGUUAACAAGGUGGAAUGUUUUUUCUUUGAUUCAGUGAUUCUGAUUGUGGUGUAGAACGAUAUCCAAAAGCACUUCUUGGUCUUUUAAUAUUUUUCUAAACUUUUUUUUUUUAAUUAAGUAAAAUAAUGUAACAUCAAAUCCCUAAAUGUUAAUACAUUGUAAUCAUUGUUGACAAACUCAAUGCUUUAUCAUUGUGUUUAUGGAACACACACUGGCCAAUUCUAAACAUAAAAUGUGUUUAUUUACAUCAACAUUUUUACAACAGAGCUGAAACAAUGAAUUGUUUUGAUAAUUAUGAUGCAGCUGUUAGCAUGUCAUGCAUUCACUAUUAGCACAAACUGUAAUACUCUAAUUACUUUUAGUUCAACAUGUGCUGUGUGAAACAUGUCCUCAGCUUUUGAUCUGUAAGUUUCCACUGAAGCGUAAAAUGUUUUCUUCAACCACUUACAGGUUAAUUACAGGUAAAUCCUCUGUUCUGUCCUCUCAGUCAGUGUAGAUUA